GAAAAGACUAAUUAGGUGAGCAUUUGUGUUUGAAGAAGAAAUGAGCGGAGAAUCCGAUAAAAGGGGGGAAAGGAAGAACCGAAGAACUGCCUUCAGCACUUGCUUCAUUUCUCGGCUAACCCCUUUUUCUCGCUGAAUUCAAAUUGUUUUCACGCAAAAUUUAGGAAUCUCCCCCGCGCGCGCUCUUCUUCAACCAUUUUCAUGAUCUCAACCUAUAUCAACCCUUAACCUCCCCCCGUGCGUGUUAUUUUUAAUCAUCGGCGAUCAAUUCUCAGGGAAACUUGAACUUCAUUCAUCUAUAAGCUGUUCUACCAAAUAAAGGAAAAUGAUUUUUCUCUUGCUUCUGGAUGAUUGAAAAUGAUGGAUUUGUCAAUAAACAUAUAGUUUUCGAGUAUAAAGACCUCUUCAACUUUAUCUGGGAUUUUAUAUUGUCUUAAGGAAAAUGGCAAAGGGAACCAAAGAAGGGAGAUGCAGGUCAUCAUCAAAGUUCAGGUCUACCCCAUACCCCUUGUCGCCUUCUGUGGAUCACCAACCAGAUGACCUCAACCAAAACAAAUGUUCCAAACACCAUGAAAAGAAAGACUGGGAAGAUGCGACAUGCUCUGUAUGCAUGGAAUAUCCGCACAACGCUGUCCUUCUUCUCUGCUCCUCUUAUGAAAAAGGCUGUCGUCCUUACAUGUGUGGGACAAGUUUCCGCUACUCAAAUUGCCUCAAUCAGUACCAGAAAGCUCACAGAAAUGUUGCAUCCUCACACCAUACCCCGCCAAUUCAUGAUCUUUCCAUUGAUGAAAGCGAGACUGUGAAUCUUGCUUGCCCACUUUGUCGUGGCCAAGUGAAAGGUUGGACUGUGGUUAAACAUGCUCGAGAAUUCUUGAAUGCGAAGAAACGUGGAUGUAUGCAUGGUGACUGCCCGUUUGUGGGGAACUAUAAGGCAACAAGGAAACAUGUUAGGGCAGACCACCCUGCUUCUAAACCUCGUGAGGUGGAUCCGGUUCUUGAGGAGAAAUGGAGACGGAUCGAACGAGAACGGGAGAUGGGUGAUGUCAUCAGCACGAUAACUUCAUCCAUGCCAGGUGCGGUGGUGUUCGGUGAUUAUGUCAUAGAACAAGGGAGUAGGUAUGGUUUUGAUUCGGAGGACGAGGAUGAUGAAUUUGAUGGAGAUGGCGAUGAUAUGGAGGAGGAAGAGAAUGAGGACUUAGGGGUGGGAGUUGAUGGGAAUUUAAUGAAUGUCUUGCUUCUUUUGCAGGCUUUUGGUUCGUCUGGUAAUGUUGGCCGAAACAGAGACUUAGGCCAACACAGCAGGGUGAGUAAUGUUUUGGAUGAAGGUAACGGUGAUGACAGUAUCAUGAAUGAUACAUCGUUAGUUGCUGCACAUCUCCGCAACCAAAGUGGGUUUGUUUUGCGAGAUAGUGGUAGAUCCAGGCGUAGUAGGCAGCGGGGAGAUAGAGGUCAAUGAUAGGUGUUGUGCUAAUGAUGGAGGUUUUAGUAAAGAUGAAAAGAUGAUUCAGGUCUUCGGUAUAUUUGUUCUAGUCUGAUAAUGGGGUGCACAUACACUGGCAUUCAAUCUGACAUCCUAAUCUGCUUGCCACUUGUGUUAAUAUUACAUGGAUUGUCUGGUUUGGUAGAUUGGGGGCGGGCGAGAGUGGGACAUGGUGGACACCUUCCAGAAAGUUGACUCUUUAUUUGUAGUUUUAAAAUUACUGUUAAUUAUCUCCUUGUCUUAAUUCUCAACCGAUACGUAAUCGGUCAAUGUAAUUUACGCAAACUAAUGUGCAUGUCCUUGUAUAUUGUAAAUACUGCCUUGAUUAUUCAUUAAUUGUAACAUUUAACUUUUAUGCUAUUCAUAUUCUUUAGUGCGAUUACAUUGUAUUUGUUAAUGUAAAGAACAAGAUAGUGUAAGAA